AUGGAUAAAUCUAUGUCUAGUAUAAGGAAUGCAGUUCUAUAUGUUAGAUCAAGCUCAUCAAGGUUAGAUGCAUUUAGGUCUUCUAUUGAAAAAGAGGUGGAUGAUUGCAAGAGGAUUUGUGUGUUGGAUGUUCCAACAAGGUGGAAUUCCACCUACAUUAUGUUGGAAAUAGCUUUAGAGCUUAGAAAGGCAUUUGAUAGGCUGAAAGAUGAUGAGGACAGCAAGUACACAUCUUAUUUUGAUGAAGAUGAAGAGGCUUUUGAGGAAGAUGGUGAAGAGCCGGAUGAUUUUAGUGUUGAUUUAUCUGCAAUUAGGAGCAGGGCAUCUAGGAAGAGGGUUGGACCACCUAAUGCCGCAUAUUGGGAAAAGGCAGUUGUGUUUGUCAAAUUCUUGAAGGUAUUUUACAAUGUAACAUUGAGUGUUAGUGCCACAAAUCACCCUACCUCACCAAAAGCUUUCCAUGAUAUUGUUUCAAUCCAUGUUGAGAUUGAAGAUCUGUUUUGUCAACUAGUGGACAACCAUGAUGUUACACAAAAGAUCCUAUUUCAGAUGGCACAGAAGAUGAGGGUCAAGUACCAAAAAUAUUUUGGAAAGCUUGGGGACAUCAACCAACUAUUGCUGGUUGCCUUGGUUUUGGAUCCGAGGUAUAAGAUUCGAUAUUUUGAAAAUGUGUGCAAGAAGAUGUUGAACAUGGAGGAUUUAGUGAUUAAGAAGAAGAGUGCUGAAUUGAAAGAAUUGGUUGUCUCCUUGACUGAUCUGUAUGCAGUUGCGCUGCCCUCAUAG